GUUGCCAUGGCUGUUGCAUUCUAAUUUGUAUAACUAGAGUCAACUAUGAUUUGUAGCCCAAAAUUUUAUUUAAAUUUCUUCAAAUAUCGCAGAAAAAUAAAUGAAAGUGUCAGUGCACUUCUGAAGCAUCAACGUUGGAAAUGUAAACAAGCGGUUCCUGCUGUUUUGACAAACGGGAAGUUAAAAGUGCUGUUUUUCGGGACGGAUGCAUUUUCUCUGCCCAGCCUCCAAGCGCUUCACAAAAGCUGUUUGGACAGCAAAUCAUUAGGCAUAGUAACAUCUUUUAAAAAUCCUGCUAAUUGUGUACGUACGUACGCCGAACAUCACCGCCUUCCGCUUCAUCGCUGGCCUAUCGUGCCAGAUAUCUGUGGAGGAUAUGAUUUAGGUGUUGUGGUCUCCUUUGGUCAUUUAAUACCAGAGAAAAUAAUUAGAGCAUUUCCAAAUGGCAUGAUUAACGUACAUGCCAGUCUAUUGCCGCGAUGGCGUGGUGCUGCGCCUAUUAUAUAUGCCUUAAUGAAUGGAGAUGCGAAAACGGGAGUAUCCAUAAUGAAAAUAGAGCCCAAACACUUUGAUGUGGGAGACAUUCUAGCCCAGCAAGAAGUGGUCAUACAAGAUGGUAUUCUCAUGCCAGAAUUACAUAACCAAUUGGCCAUAGCGGGCGCUAAUUUGCUCGUCACUACUAUACAAGAAUUUCCUCGCUAUCUAGAAAAUACAACAAGACAAAAUAAUGACUUCGCUACAUUUGCACCCAAAAUAACGACUACUAUUACGGAAGUGAAUUGGGCUCAGAUUAGUGCUGAACAACUGCAUAGAAAAUUUCGUGCACUUUUUGGUUACAAAAACUUGAACACGAUAUUUCAAAAUAAAAUCGUGCAACUGAUUCAUGUCCAAUUACCAGUCCCACAGAAGUUAACUGACGUUCUAAGGAAUGUAGAGUGCGGCGGUUUUUACUACGACCGCAAAAAACGCUGUCUUUUAGUACGUUGUGCUGCCGACUCUUAUGUAGAGAUACAUCAGCUACGUAUCGAAGGGAAGAAAGUAAUGACCGCACAGGAUUUCAAUAAUGGAUUCCUUAAACAAAUAAAUACUACUCAACAUUACUUUACGACGAAAUAAAAUAGUUAAAUUUACGAAA